AUGUCCGACAAGGCUCGCGAGGCGGUCUCGCAAUAUCUGAAGCAGUCUCACGAGCGCAUCUUCGAGAACAACCGCGCCUGGGUCGCGGCCAAGAAGGAAGAGGACCCCGCGUUUUUCGAGAAACUGGGCGCCGGACAGACGCCGCAAUAUCUGUACAUCGGAUGCAGUGACAGUCGCGUGCCCGCCAAUGACAUUAUGGGUCUCACGGCCGGCGAGGUCUUUGUGCACCGCAACAUCGCCAAUCUGGUGCCCAACACCGACCUCAAUGUCAUGUCGGUCAUCAACUACGCCGUCCGGCAUCUGAAGGUCAAGCACAUCGUUGUCUGCGGCCACUACAACUGUGGCGGUGUCAAGGCUGCGCUGACGCCCUCCGACCUGGGGCUGCUGAACCCCUGGCUGCGCAAUGUCCGGGAUGUGUAUCGGUUGCACGAGCGCGAGCUGGACGCCAUCGAAGACGAAGAGGCGAAGUAUAAUCGCCUGGUGGAGCUGAAUGUUGUUGAGUCCUGCCGCAACGUCAUCAAGACGGCGGCGGUGCAGCAGAGCUACCACGACAACCAGUUCCCCGUGGUCCACGGAUGGAUCUUUGAUGUGCGGACGGGUCUGCUUCGGGAUCUCAACAUUGAUUUCGAGGAGACGCUGCGGGAUAUCAAGAAGAUCUACAAUAUCACCAAGAGCUGA